GAUGUUUCUCCACCUCUAAGUCAGAUUGCCUAUUGAAAUACAAAAUAAAUGAGUACUUCCUAGAAAUCAAAUGUUAAAGAACACAAUAUGUCGCUCGGUGGAGAAAGUAAGCACACGCCAAAGUCUUCCAAUCUGAGGCCGUUGGACGACGACCAGCUGGUUAGGAUCAUCAGCACGCCACGUCCGUCAAAUGGAGUGAGCCAGCAUCCCGCCCAGGACCGCCUCAAGCGCCUGCAGGGCCAACUAAAGCGGGUGCAGGACAACGAGAAGGAGCAGGGGACCACCAAGCGGAUCACCCACAGUUCCUCCGCAUCUCGUCGAUCAAGUGCGUCCACAUCUACGCCCCAGCGACUCCUGAAGUUUCCGCCUAAGGUGGCGAUGAAUGCCUGGGAAAAGCCAAAAGCCCUGGUCGAUGCCAAUCGCCUGAAGGCGGGACGUACCCAAACUGGUGAGUGCCCGGUGCAUAUAGUUACUCAUAUCCCAUGUUCUCCUUAUCGUCUCCCUAGCCUACCAGCGUCUCAUGCUGUUAAGAGCUUCGCUGCAGCAGAAGCAGCUAUAUGAGGAGCGCAACAACAAUAUUGUGGCCAAGAUCAACGAAGAGGUGAUAGAAAAACAACCAGAAGCCUGCAACAUCACAAAUCCAAGUGCAUUUGAUGGCUCGACGGCCAGCGAUAUGGAGGUCGAGCCCAUGGAAUGGCAGGAGUCUAUUGAAGAGGAGGCGGCACAGAAUGAUCAGGAUGAGGCUAAGAAAGGGGACGACACUCUAUUGAUGCUGCCGGCGGAGUCCAUUGAAGAGGAGGCGCCACAGAAAGGUCAGGAUGAGGCUAAGGAAGAGGACGACACUAUAUUGAUGCUGCAGGCGGCCGAUGCCGAGGAGCUGCCCCCAAGGCUUGAGGAUUACAUGUACUUUGUGCUGGACACCAACGUCCUCAUACACAACCACAAGUUCGUGGAGAGACUGACCGAUGUGGUGCUGCCGGGCACGGUGGGCAGCAUGCUGUACCUUCCGUACAUAGUAAUCAAAGAGCUGGACAAGCUAAAGAGCAAGUACCAGUCGGACUGCCUGCAGCGUGUGAUUGCCAUGCGAGCAAUACGCUUUUUGAACACCAAGUUCGACGAAAGCUUUCAAAUACAAGCUCAAUCCGCUUUGGAGGAGGCGGAUCACCUGAUCAAGAUCGACUGCCCGGAUGACAGCAUUUUGAAUUGCUGCCUGCAGCUGCAGGCGCAGGUUCCCCACAUGAUCCUGCUCACCAACGACGCGAACCUUCGGCUCAAGGCCAAUGCCUCCAACAUUCAGGUCUCCUGUCGCUCUGAUCUGAUGUCCACCUAUGUGGAUGAGUUCGCUGGCUUCGGCGAUUAACUCGAUGCCGUCCGAGCUCCCACCUUACAUUUAGUAUACGAAAGACUGUGACUGCGUUUGUGAUACGGGAUCGGGUGGCGGGCGAAAGGGAUCGACCAGUCAAGCAAGAUGCACCGCGGCAUACAUGAAGUACAAUGAAUCUUUAUACCCACAAACAUCAUCUAGCAUACAUUCAGAGGAAGGCCACUGACGACGUGUUCACCCAAGACUAAAAACUUGCACAUAUUAGAAGAUCAGAUUUGACUGCCAUUUGCUACGUAUAAUAAAGUUUGUUUCUGGAUAU